CCUUAAUUUAUUAUUAAUUUUGCUAUAAAAAGUAAUAAUAAGAAUACCUUAGACAUAAAGAUACCAACACAAUUUACUUGAUAAAACCAAAAUUACUUGAGAAAUUGAAGCACUACAAUGGCUGCAAUUGAUGAAGAAGUUCAGCUUCUGGGUUCUGUGGGAAGUCCAUUUGUGAUAAGAGUUCAAAUUGCUCUAAAAUUGAAGGGAAUUGAACACAAAUAUGUUGAAGAAAAAUUGGGUAAUUUGAGUGAAACACUUCUCAAAUAUAAUCCAGUUUAUAGGAUGGUUCCUGUUCUUGUUCAUAAUGGGAAUCCCAUAUCAGAAUCUCGUGUGAUUAUUGAGUAUAUUGACGAGGCUUGGAAACAGAACCCUAUCUUGCCUUCUGAUCCUUACAAAAGAGCUUUGGAUCGGUUUUGGUCAAAGUUCAUUGAUGAAAAGUGUACGAUUGCUGCAUGGAAAUCUGUUUUUAUGCCUGAUGAGAAAGAGCGCGAGAAGGCUCGUGAAGAAUUAUUCGAGGCUCUGCAGUUUCUUGAGAAUGAGCUGAAGGACAAGUUCUUUGGAGGAGAAGAAAUAGGCUUUGUGGAUAUUGCUGCUCUCUUUAUCCCUUUAUUCCAAGAAGUAGCAGAGAAACAAUUGUUCCCUGGUGACAAAUUUCCCAAGCUACAAAAAUGGAGUCUAGACUUUUACAACCAUCCAGUCGUCAAAGAAGUUAUGCCUUCAAAAGAGCAACAAUUUGGCUAUUUCAAAGCUCGCGCUGCAAGCCUUGCUGCUCCAUCAAAAUAGAAUAAUAUAAUAGAGUGAGACUCUUAACUUGUAAUGAAAUUUGUAUAAGUACUUGUCUCUGUUUAGUUCUUGAUUGUUUGUAUUUCAGUUCAAAUGGAAUAUACUCUGAUUUCUCAUGUGUCAUAAAGAUCCUGACAGAUUGUUGUCAUUUUCGAUAUUUCAAUUUAUGAAAUGAUUGUUGUAAGUUGCAUAUUUGUAAUUCAUAAGUGAGGUGUGAGCUCAUUGGCAAGAGUUUAACCUUAUAACCUCAAAGGAUGGAGUUCAAAUCCCUUAUGGGACAGUUGAAAAA